GCAUAAGGAAGCCAAACAGAAAGUAUUGAGAAAUAAAGUUAAUCCAAUCUAGCUAACCUUGCCAGAAGUUAUGGAGGUCUCACGUCUUAUUUCCCGUCAGCCACCCUGUUUCUCUAGCGGCAGUGGAUUUGGCAAUCAUCAGACUCGUUGUGAAGCUUUUUCGAGAUCCAGAAGAAUUGUGAAUGGAUUUGGAGUUGUAAGCAAGGUUCAUACUGGGUUUAGAGAUAAAGGGCAUUUGAAGUACUACUAUGGAUCAGAAGGAUUAGUUGUGAGAUGUGGAGGGAAAAAGAAAGACAAGGAAACAUCAACAAAGAAGAAGUUGAAAUUGUUAAAAGAAUUGUCAGUGGUUCCUCAUAAUGGUUCUGUCGAUGAUGUUCAGGCCAACCUUAUCGCUGAAGCAACACAAUUACUGAUGAAACAGUUGGAACAGUUAAGAGCUGAGGAGAAGGAGUUAAAGAGGAAGAAGAAAGAAGAGAAGGCGAAGCUGAAAGCUGCAAGGAUGAAAACCAUGCUUGACUGUGAAUCAUCCUCAUCGUCUGAAUCGAGCGACAGCGAAUGUGGGGAGGUGAUUGAUAUGAAGCGUUUGAGGAAUGAAGCAGUUGCAGAGCCAAUUAUUGAGGAAUUGCAAUCAGUUGCUCAAGAAGAACCAACUUCAAUCCUCCCGGCAUUGCUGACUCAAGAAUCGAGCGUUACAGAGAUUAAUGGGUAUCAUGAUCAUGGUUUGGGAAUUCAUGGAGAAGAAUGCGGCGGUGCUCAAAGCACCAGUUGUAGCAAUGCUAUUAGGGUUAGUUGUAAUCCCACAAGUUCCUCAAUGAUGUCAGGAACAUCUGAUAAAAGAAUUGAGGUUUGUAUGGGUAACAAGUGCAAGAAGUCUGGAGGUGUAGCGUUGUUGGAAGAAUUUGAGAGGGCUGUUGGUAUAGGGGGUACUGUUGUUGGAUGCAAGUGUAUGGGGAAGUGCAGGGAUGGUCCUAAUGUGAGGAUUUUGAAAUCUGGUAAUGAGGGAGUGAAUGAUUCUGUAAGGAUUCCGGCUGCUAAUCCUCUCUGCAUUGGGGUUGGUUUAGAGGAUGUAGAUGUUAUCGUCGCGAAUUUCUUUGGGAAAGAGUUGAGUGUUGCUCUUGCAACUUAGCAUCAUCACCUCACUGCUGAUAUCCAACGUAGCUUUUUGCAUCACUUGUGGCUUGAAAUGGUGUUUUUCCUGCUUAUGGCUUGCAUUGUUAUUGGCAUGGCCAGAUGAAACUCUCUUUUGACUAUGUAAAUAUAAAUAUUUUAAUGGCAAAGUCAUCGUUUUUCUGAA